AUCAUUAAACAAGGCAUCCACUCACUAUUUCAGCAAAGAAGGCAAACUUAUUAGACCAAUGUUAAAUUUACUAUAUGCCAAUCAUAUAGAAAAAAACAGUUAGAACACAGAAUAAUAAAAAAUAUGGGCUGCAGUGAUAGAAAUUCUACAUGUAGCUAGUCUAGUGCAUGAUGAUAUUUUAGAUGCAUCAGAAACAAGAAGAGGAAUUCCUUCAGCUCAUGUCAUUUUUGGUAAACACAGGGCUACUUUCUCAGCUAACUAUUUAAUUGGAAGAGCGUAAUUAAAAUUAUAAAAAUAAUAGUGGUAGAAAAAUAUCUGAAUUAGAUGAUAUCAGGAUGUUUCAAAUCUAUUCACAAAUUAUGGAUAACUUAACUAAUGGUGAAUAUUUAUAAGCUAUGAAAUAAAAGAGUUUUCAUAACUUUGAAAUCACUCUAUAAAACUAUAUGAUUAAAACCUAUUAUAAGACUGCUGCAUUAAUUGCUAAUAGUUUAUAAGGAGUUUGUUAAUUAACCAACAUUAAAGAUGAAGUUUGUGAAAAAUCAUUUAAUAUUGGAUUGCAUUUGGGUGUUGCUUUUUAAAUUAUUGAUGAUGUCUUAGAUUAUACUUCUAACACUGAAUAAUUAGGUAAAGCUAGUUUAAAUGAUCUAAAGAGUGGAGUUUUGACUGGACCUGUCUUAUUUGAAUUAUUCAAUUAAUAAAAAAUUAACUCACCAGAAUAUUAACUCAUGAACUCAGUCUUAUUAGGCAAUUCCAAAUAGUAUGAGACCGUAAAUUCUAUUGUUCUUGCUGGAGAAGGAAUAGAGCAAAGCAAAUUUUUAGCUUAUUAACAUACUCAAGAAGCAUUAAAAAUAUUAUCAAGCAUCAAUACAUAACCUGAUUAAGAUUUAAUUUCUUUGAUUUUCAUGUUCAUCAACAGAAAUAAAUGA